CGACAGCACGAAGAGAAACUUUCUCCAAUUCGAAGCUUCUAGUUUCAUCAUUAACUAUACUGAACUCCCACGGAGAUACACUUGCUAAUUAUUCGACAUACACAAUCAAAUUUCCAAGAAAGUAAUCAGAAGGAAAAAUGGUUUUCGGUCAGGUGGUUAUUGGACCACCGGGCUCCGGCAAGACCACUUACUGCAAUGGCAUGUCUCAAUUUCUCCAGCUCAUCGGCCGGAAGGUGGCAGUGAUCAAUUUGGAUCCCGCGAAUGAUGCUUUGCCAUAUGAAUGUACUAUAAACAUCGAGGAUUUAAUAAAGCUCUCUGAUGUCAUGGCUGAGCAUUCACUUGGUCCUAAUGGAGGUCUUGUUUAUUGCAUGGACUAUUUGGAGAAGAACAUUGAUUGGUUAGAAUCCAGACUGAAACCCCUGCUCAAAGAUCAUUAUCUUCUCUUUGAUUUCCCGGGCCAAGUGGAACUCUUUUUCCUUCACCAAAACGCGAAGAGAGUUAUCAUGAAACUCAUAAAGAAGUUAAAUCUCAGGUUGACUGCUGUGCAUUUAGUUGAUGCCCAUCUUUGCAGUGAUCCAGGGAAGUAUGUGAGUGCCUUGCUCCUUUCGUUAUCAACCAUGCUACACUUGGAGCUUCCCCAUGUCAAUGUUUUGUCUAAAAUUGAUCUGAUUGAAAGCUAUGGCAAGCUAGCUUUCAACCUUGACUUCUACACUGAUGUGCAAGAUUUGUCUUAUUUACAACAUCACCUUGAUCAGGAUCCUCGCUCUGCUAAGCAUAGAAAGCUAACAAAGGAGCUCUGUGAGGUGAUAGAAGAUUAUGGUCUUGUCAAUUUCACCACUUUGGACAUCCAGGAUAAAGAGAGUGUUGGAAAUCUAGUUAAAUUGAUCGACAAGAGCAAUGGAUAUAUAUUUGCGGGCAUAGACGCAAGUGCAGUUGAAUUCAGCAAAAUCGCUGUUGGCCCCGUCGAUUGGGACUAUUAUAGAGUCGCGGCUGUGCAGGAGAAGUACAUGAAGGAUGAUGAGAUGUUUGAUAACGUUGAAUCUGAUGAUAAGUGAAACCAGCCGAGCGGGAUUUUUGUAUAUUUUAUGGGAUCCUAGUUUCUUGCCAAGCUGCGGCUUCACCAAUUCACCGUUGACAGAGCAGCUACCCAUAAUCAUCAUGUUUUUGCUUAACAUUAUCUUGGAGAAGACACUGACCAAAAUGCGGUGUCUGCAUGGUUUGGUUUCCGUCCAAUAUUCUCCAAUGCGAUGCAGUGUCAACAGUAAAAAAGAAUGAUGUCGUUUCCAGACUGAACAGUAUAUUGUAAACUGUAUACCAUCGGGACCUUGUUUACACCUGGAAAUCAUGAGAUGUUGAUCCAAUCCUUGGACGAAUCCGCUUUUUGUUUGUUUCACUAUGCCAAUGUGGAGUUCAGCAACAUCAGAUUUCUAAAGGUGAGGUGUUGUAUAAACUUGGAGACGUUGGAGGCAGUGAGUGUAGGCUUUGUUUGGUAUCAUUUUUGGAGGAUUUCCGAUAUGAGUCCAAACAUAUUCAAUGUUCGUCAAUUUUUUUUUU